ACACUCUCUCUCUCCCUCAUUGUUUCCCACACUGACUCUGUCGCCGCUGGGCUUCAUAUCGGGUUGACAAAUGACCAUUGAGCAGCUUCGAUGAGAAGAGCGCAUAGUAAAACCAUUCCUCUGGAAAGAGACGCAACUUCGGCGAACACGCUCACUCCGAAAUAGGAUUUAGAUAGAUGUGAUACAUAUUUUGUUUUUUUUGCGUGCAAGAGACAGAAGAAGAACGAGAAGAGAGAGAGUGCCAGCUAAUUAGGAUGAGAGUUCAAGUCAACUGAGCCGGCAGAUUGGACCUUUAAAGCCUCUUAACGCAGGUGGUGGGCGGAAUACAGCGCGAGGGGAGUGUGUCUAUGUGUGGUGUGUUUGUGUCACUCCCAGUGGAAGUGGAAAUACUCUGGACACGGCAGUGAGGGGGUGAUCAGGUGUGUUUGCGAGAGUGAAUGGGUGGAUAAAUCCAAGCGGAGACAGAGGUAGUCAUGGUUUAUCCGACCAGGACGCGAUGAAGAGGCUCAGCGGGAGUUUCAGGGUUUAACACCGGAGAAGAAGAAGAAGAAGAGGGGAGCUGGGAAGACGGACGGACGCAGGGCGCAAGAAGGAGGAGGAGGAGGAGGGGGCAAAAAGGGACACCAGCAUCACCAAAGCGCACAACCGGGUCCCCAAUCCCUUGACGCAGGGAUGGAGAGCACGAGAGCGCACGGGGAAACUCGCCUCUAUACCAGAAACAGGAGGGGAAAGAUAACCGGAUCACUGGCCAUGAUGAGUGAACCACCCAGAGGACACCUCCACCUGCGGCGUGCUGUGAUUUUUCUCCUCGCCUUCACGAUACAGCCGCAGGUUGUGUGUGCUGUCGGGAUGUUCGAGCUUCAGAUCCGCCACUUUCGAAACCCACACGGACUGCUGCAGACCGGAGACUGCUGCGACCUCUCUGCAAUUGGGGGGCAGCGCUGCUCUGCCAGGGACCAAUGUGACACUUUCUUCCAAGCCUGUCUGAAGGAGUACCAGGCCCGGGUCGCCCCGACUGGAACCUGCACCUUCGGGUCAGGCAGCACAGGGAUCCUGGGUGGAAACUCCCAGUCACUCCACCACCGAGGACACGAAGGAGGAGGAGAGGAUGGGACUAAUGGACACAUUGUCAUUCCCUUCAAGUACGCCUGGCCAAAGUCCUUCUCUCUGGUGUUGGAGGCUCAGGACUAUGACAAUGAUACGUCUGAAUCAGGUCAGUUAAUCGAGCGAGUCCUCCUCUCCUCCAUGUUGAACCCCAGUGAGCAGUGGCAGACGUACCGACACCACGGACGCACUCUGAGUCUGGAGUACCGGCUUCGCUUCCGCUGUGAUUCAAACUACUACGGACCUUUCUGCAACAAGUUCUGCAGGGUCCGCGAUGACUUCUUCGGUCACUUCAACUGUGACCCAAGCGGCUUGAAAGUCUGCAUGGAGGGCUGGACGGGGCCAGAGUGCAAAGAUGCAAUGUGCAAGCAGGGGUGUCAUCAGGUCCACGGCUCCUGUACUGUUCCUGGAGAAUGCAAGUGUCAUUAUGGCUGGACGGGUCCUCUGUGUGACCAGUGUUUGACGUUCCCAGGAUGUGUCUACGGCAGCUGCACCGAGCCCUGGCAGUGUGUGUGCGACGUCAACUGGGGAGGACUGCUGUGUGACAAAGAUCUGAACUACUGUGGCACCCACCAGCCCUGCAAGAAUAGUGGGACCUGCACCAACACAGAGCCAAACGAGUACCAGUGUGAGUGCCAGGAAGGUUUCAGAGGAAGAAACUGCGACAUCGUGGAACAUGCGUGUUUGUCGUCCCCCUGCAUGAACAAAGCCACCUGUGUAGAAGACCCGACAGGCUUCAGCUGCAUCUGUCCUGACGGCUGGACCGGACACACCUGCGCUGAUGCGGUGAGGCAGUGUGAUCGGGGCCCCUGUGGACGAGGAGCAACGUGUGAGGAGACUCCCGGAGGUUACCGCUGCGUCUGCCCGCCGGGAUGGACCGGUCGCACGUGCCAGCUGGACACCAAUGAGUGUGAAAUGAGCAUAUGUGUCCACGCCCAGUCCUGUCGCAACCUGAUAGGUGGAUACCUGUGUGUCUGCCUUCCUGGAUGGACGGGGGCCAACUGUGACAUCAGGAACAGUAGCUGUCAGGGUUUGUGUUUGAACGGUGGACAGUGUGAGGACCAUGUUUCAGGGUCUACAUGUUCGUGUCCCCCUGGUUUCUCUGGGAAAUACUGCCAAAGUCUUCCAAAUGCCUGUGACAGUGCCCCCUGUCUGCAUGGAGGACAGUGUGUAGAGAAAGACGGACGGACCAUCACCUGUAACUGUCCCCUGGGAUAUUCAGGAACCUUCUGUGAGAUACCUUUGGAUCUGUGCAAUCCCAACCCCUGCCAACAGGGGGCGUCCUGUCACAGCAUAGAGGGCAGGUACAUGUGCGCCUGCCCCGAGGGUUACUAUGGUAAUGAGUGCAUGAGCCUCAAGAGUCCUUGCAUUGGUCAGAACUGUCCAGGAGCAAUGUCUGACACUACGCACAGUGGCAUCAGCUUCUACAUCAUUCUGGUGGGCGUCUUAGCUUUAGUAACAGUGUGUGGCUGUGCGGCCUGCGCCUUCAUCCUCUCCCACCUCCAUCGAAAGCGGAAAAAGGAGCAGGCCGUCCCACAGGAAGAAGGCAUCAACAACCAGAGGGAGUUUGUCAACCUCAUCAGGAACGUAGACCGUCCCACACCCCUGCUGCCCCCCGCUGUCCCGCCCUCACAUCCUACAGCCCCUGCCCCUGCCCCCGCCACACGAUGCUACGAGGAGAUUGAACUCACCCUGCCGCCCUCCCCUGCACCUUCACAUCCUUCUCCGGCACUAAAGCCAGCCCAUGUGCCAAAACUGGACAUUUCAAACCGGGAGAGGGAGAAGUUGAACCGCUUUCACCACACAGACAACCAGGAAGUGGAGGCCUGACAAAGGAGCUCUUUUUAAACUUUAUUUUGCGUCUUUGUUCGCACAGGCCUGUUCCCAGAUCAUGUACUGUCUCAUUGUUGCAGUCAUGAGUUAUCUGAGGAGUCAAGGCUGUUACGUAGAAGGGUCAAAAGUCUUACUGUGUCAUUUUAAGUGACUUGUUUUCUACAAAUACGAGAAGCAGCAGGUGCGUAAUGUUUGAGUGAAGCACUCCUCAUUGACUCUUGUAAAUCUGGAGACCGUCAGACUUGCCUGGGAGUGCCUGACAUACUGACAAGAAGAAAAAAGGGGAACAUUAAGAACCAGUUUUUUGGUCCAUGAUUCCAUCUGAUCAGUGUUCAGACCUCCAUUUCUGUUUCAGACUGAACCGUGACAAACUGAGAUUAAUGAAGGGAUGCUUAUUUAACACUCUGUGUGUUUCUGUGUCUGGUUGUGCGUACGUGUGUGAUCCUGAAAAAGAGAAUGUUUUAUUAUGAGUGUCUGUGGUGAAAAAAGAAAGGAUAAAGACAAUUUACUUCAAGGAAAGAAAAGAAAGUUUAUACACACUGAAGAGAGAGAAACUCUUGAAGGCUUUCAAGCUUUUGGAAAACUGUUUUAAAAACUAUACACUGUUGCCUAUUGUGUCUGUUAUACUACAGUUUUAAAGAUGUAUGAUUUUUUUCACCUGUGUGUAAAAUAGCUUUUUUGUACAUGGAUAUAUUGUACAUAUUGAUGCCCUUUUUGUACUGUACUUCAUUGUUUAAGUGUGCUUUGUUUGUCCCUUCUCACUUUCCAUUUGGAGCAACCAGCACAUGGAUCGUAAUAAAAGUGCAUUUACCAAUGA